UUUGCCCCGCCCCCUUUCCGGCUUCCGGCGGAAGUGGCGGCGCGGCGGAACCGGCCGGGGGUGAGGGGGGCCCGGGACACCGGAGGAUCCCCCCCGCCAUGGAGAAGUUCGGGAUGAACUUCGGGGGCGGCCCCAGCAGGAAGGAGCUGCUGGAGACCAUCGAGACGCAGAAGCAGCAGCUCCUGCGCUUCCAGGCGCGCCUCAAGGACGUGGUGCAGGCCUACAAGAGCCUGCUGAAGGAGAAGGAGGCGCUGGAGGCCAGCCUGAAGGUGCUCUCCGCGUCCCACGACGGGGACCUCGCGGUGCCCGGGGCCGGGGACUCCCCGGAUGACCGGAGCUCGGAGCAGAGCGAGGACAGCGCGGGGACGGCCGCCGGGGGGGACGAGGAGGACAGACCCGCGGGGCAGAGAGCCGAGGAGCCGAGCGGCGCGGAGGGCUCGGAGCCGGGCCCGAAGCAGCAGCUGAAGGCGCAGCUGGCCACGCUGACGGGCGCGCUGGCCACGGUGACGCGGGAGAAGUCGCGCAUGGAGGCGUCCUACCAGGCGGAGCGGCGGCAGAUGAAGCAGGAGCUGGAGGAGCUGGCGGGGCGGGCGCGGGACGAGGCGCAGCGGAGGGACGCGGAGCUGCGGCGGCUGCGGGAGCUGCUGGCCGAGACCCGCGCCAGCCUGGCCGCGCAGCAGCGCGAGCGCGAGAGCGAGCAGGCCGACCACGGGCUGAUGCUGCGCGAGCUGCAGGAGCUGCUGCGCGCCGAGCGCCAGCUCCGUGAGUCUGGCAGCGCCGAGAGAGCCCCGGGCCGCGAGCAGCAUGCCCGGCAGCCGGGCCCGGAGCCGCAGGAGCUGCAGGAGCUGCAGGAGGAGAGCGGGAAGGCGGACCCACGGAUCCAGGAGCUGCAGGAGGAGAUGGCCGCCCUCAGGAACCACUUCCAGCUGCAGCUGGUGCAGGAGAUGAAGAAGACAGCCCAGGCCGAGGAGCAGCUGCGGCAGCGCUCGCAGCAGGAGGAGCGGCGCGUGGCCGAGCUGGAGGCCCAGGUGUCCCAGGUGUCCGAGCUGCUGGGCACCUACGAGAAGGCCAAGCAGAGGGACCAGGGCACCAUCCAGAGGCUCAAGGAGCGCAUCGUGCAGCUGGACCUGGAGAACAAGACCUUGGCCAUCGCCGCCUCCAGCCGCUCCCCGGGCGAGCUCGCCGUGGAGGAGGCCACCCUGGACGUGAGCGCGCUCAAGGAGAAGAUGGAGAAGCUGCAGAAGCUCCUGCGGGCGGCGGCCGGGAAGGGCCCGGCGGGGCCGGAGGCGGAGGAGCCGCGGGAGCCGGAGCAGCCCCCGGGCGGCAACGGGGACAAGGCCGCGGGCGGGCACUGCCAGCAGGAGCUGAGGCAGCUCAAGGAGGAGUUUGAGCGCUACAAGGUGAGGGCGCAGCAGGUGCUGAAGAGCAAGGCCACCAAGGACACGGGCCUGGCCAAGGAGCUGGAGGAGGCGCGGGAGCAGCUGGCGGAGCUGCAGGACAAGCACGUGCUGCUGCAGCUGGCCGCGGACGAGGCGGAGAAGCAGCACCGGCAGGAGCUGGAGGCCAAGCAGCAGGAGCUGUCCCAGCUGCAGCAGCGGCACCGGCAGGAGCUGCAGCGCUGCCAGCUGCAGUUCCGGGAGCGGGCGCUGCGCCUGGAGGAGGAGAUGCACAAGCAGCGGGACCGGGCGCUGGCCGUGCUGGCCGAGAAGGACCGCGAGCUGGAGCAGCUCCGCGCCCCGGCGCUGCCCCACGGCCCCAAGGGCUGCCCCACAGACGCUCCCGGGGACGCUCCCGGCCAGGACUCCUCGGAGAUCCUGCCGCAGGCGCUGCAGCUGUGCCCCGGCUCCGAGCCCACCUUCUUCCUGUACGCCGAGCAGCUGGCGCGCAAGGAGGUGGAGAUCGCGGCGCUGCGCAAGCACAAGCACCGGCUGGAGCUGCAGCUGCACCAGCUCCGGGGCCGCGCCCUGGCCGAGGAGGACAGGCACCGCGAGGAGGUGGCGGCGCUGCGGGACGAGAUCCAGAAGAGCUGCCGGGAUAAGAGCAGGGAAGGGGCCAACCUGGAGUACCUGAAGAACGUGGUGUACCGGUUCCUGACGCUGCCGGACGCGCGGGGCCGGCAGCAGACGCUCACGGCCAUCCUGGCCGUCCUGCACUUCAGCCCCGAGGAGAAGCUGAGCAUCGCCAAGAGCUCGGCCCACGGCUCCUGGUGGCUCCACGGGAAGAGAUGAGGGGUGCAUUUUAUUCCCUUUUCCAAAAGGGCUCCUUCCCGAGGACUGACCAAAACCUCAUCCCAACCACGCCUGAGUCUCCCCAGGAUUUGGGCUCCAUUUGGUUUUUUUGGCACUAAUUUGCAGUGGGGCUGUGCCAGCUUUUCCAGCCCCAAAGCCUCCGUGGUGGGAAUGUGCUCCGAGUUGGGACUUGAUCUGAAAACUGUGGAAUUGAGGACGCUGAGGUUUUCUAAAGAUGAUUUAAAAACAAUCCCUACCUGCCAGGCGUGGCAUCAAGUGGAGUUUGCUUGGAUCUUCAAGCUCCAGCCAGGCUGGUGACUCAGGAGAUGAAAGGGAAGGUGGGAAGCACUUUAGGUGGAGCUAAAAUAGCAGCAGGCCGGGAAGGCUCAGGCAGACGGGGCUCAGUGCAGGAAAUCGGGCAUUUCCCUCUAAGGUUCUUUUCCAGAGCCUCAUUCAACCAGUGGAUGCGGCUCCAGGCUCAUCCAGGGGCUCGGGCUCUCCUUCCUUCCCAGGGAUCCUCCCUGGGUUAUCAGGGAUUCUAGGAAGGAGAAAGGAUCUCCCUGUGGGUGAUUCCCAUCCUGAGGGUGCUGUUUUCCUGCCCCGCAUUUGGAAUUGAAUCCUGGCUGCUAAAGCUCGGCCCAGAGACAGGGAUGGGUCUGGAUUAACACCCAAGGGGUCUUGGAGCCGAGUCAAGAGCAGGUCUGGGAGCAGCUCGUGGUGCUGCACUGCCCAGAGAGCCUUGGGAAGGGUCAGCCACUCCUGGCACUGCCAGGGACCAGGACAGGGACGUGGAAUUUCUCUCCUUCCCUCCUUGUCUGUCCUGGUCCUGUCAGCAGCCAAACUCCCUGGAUUCUGCUCUGGCCAGCGCUGCCCUCGGUGCCAAUUUCUCCUCAAUAAAAUCCUCAGGGAAAACGUGCCUGGGACAGGGCAGAGCCUGUCCCUGCUGGGAGGGGGACACAGUUGGGGGAUGUUCCCUGCUGCAGGGACGCUCCCACGGGAGCAGCAGGACCCAGGUGCUGCCCUGAGGGGAGAGUUUGUCCCAGGAAUGCUUGAAACGCUGCUGAAGGACCAAAGUGCUGGCUCAGCCAGGGGAGAGCCCAGUUCCUGCUCCCAGUGUGGAAGUGCUGAAUCAAGGGGUGCCUCUGGAGUGGCAGGGAUGGCUCCAACGCUUUCCCUGGAGCCAUUCCCACAAUUUCAGAGGGAGGUGGAGCCUCUUCCUGCUGUGGCUUCGCUGCUCAGGCUGAGGGGAUGGAUCCCUGUUCUCCCUCUGCUCCCGCAGGAUGGAGUGCCCUGGAAUGGAUCCCAGGGGUGGUGGGGACCCAGCUGGGAGCAGGGGGACAAGGUGGGACCCAGAUCCAUCCCGGUGCCCUCUGUCUGUUCCUGGCAGAGGGGGAGCAUCUCCAGCAGUGCCCAGCUCCGUGUCACUGUCACCCUCCUGCAGCUCCCAGUGCCAUUUCUUCCUCUGCUCCCCUCCAGCCCCUCUCCCUCCUGCUCCUUCCUUCCCUCAGGCCCUCCCCCACAUUCCUCCCUCCCUCUUCCCUCUCUCCCUUCAGCCACUAUCCCUGAAAUAAAGGUAAAAUGCCUCUC